UAAGCUAUUUCAUGCACCGACAUGAGUUUUGGCAAGAAGAAGCCAGAUAUUAUAGACUGGUCGGCACUUUCAGCUACAGGUCCGUCACAGGAGAUGUGUUAAGUGUCAUUAAAGACAAGUACCAUGGGCGAAUGCCCGUGCGGGUCCCCGGUCCCUCCAGGCACAGCAGCAGGCCAGGUCAAAAGCACAGAAUUCUCCGUAAAACUCUGGUUAAGCUUAUUAGACAACCAGAGGAGGGGCGGGGCAGCUUCCCACAGUGUGUCUCUACCACAAAGACCGAGAGUGAAAUGAGAUUUAACUACCUCUUCCAAAAGGGGGUUGAUCUGGAGAAUGUGAGUUGUCUGCAGGAUUCUUGCAUUAAGAACAUUCAGAAACUAGUUCCUGCCAAACUGAGGCGCCAACGUACACCCCUGGAGUUGCUGGUUGAUGAGAUCAAGGAGGACUAUUUAGUCAGCGUCAAAACAGCAAUAUUUAUUGGAAGAAAAAUAGAAAUUGUGCCAAAACCAUGGAACAAAUCAUUUGUACAAUCACGAAAGAGGUUGUGUGAAAAGUUUCAUUGUCUCAAUUCCGUUCUGUUGCAAGUGCAGUUCCUCUGGUACGACUCUUACAGGAAUUUUCGUCUGGUAGAUGUAGGCGAGUUCUAUCGGAGAACCAAUGCCAUUGAGCUCUCUGAGUUUGAGAAGAUUGUCAAUCAACAUGUAGAUGAUGCUGAAAACAUUCUUCUCAAACAUUGGGUUCCGCAAGUACAGAACAUUUACUAUCAGGGCAGUAUGCACAAACUGGUGCCUUCCUUCAGCAAUUUGACCAAACUGGAAUCUUUUCUUAACUGUGUAGCUGCACUGAUGACCCAUCAGCUGCAGAAUCUUGGGUUAAAUUCAUUGAGAGACUAUACACGCCUAAUUUGUAAAGACCUGCACUCAAACAGCUCCAAGGGACAUCCAGGCUUUGUUCUGCAUCUAAUCCUAGAGGGCAAUGAGAUCAAGUUUGAGCCAGACUUUGAAAUGUAUGAGAAGGCCCUCCUCCAUGUCUAUGAGUUAAUGCUCAGGUUUAUUGGUAUGGUGCCUCGUGUUGAAAACAAAUUCUACCCUGAGUGGGCAAACUCCCAUCUUGGAAACAACCUGAGACCGAUCAUCCUUCCAGAAAUUGUAAAAGCCCAUCAGGAGGAGGUGCACCGGGUAUUCUGGCCUGAGUGUGUCAGGCCAAAAGAGUAUGUCCACGAGUAUGACAAAUACAGUUCACUGAUAUCCAAUCAGGCAGAGAAAGAGGUGGAGCUGUUCCUGAGUGAACAGCACUCUCUCGAGGAUAUCAUUGCUGAAGUAAUGCGCUACCGGCAGCUUGCUCACCAGAUCCAAUACACACCAUGCAAGGUUGUACGACUUGGCAUGUUUGAGGUUCAGUCCCACAAGCUCAUCCACUCUCUUGUGAAGCGUGUUGAGGAUCUCCAGCAAAAACUGGCCACAAAGAUGCUACAGACCCACCAGGAAAUCAACAAAAGCCUUUGCAAUGAAUUUGAGAGGAUUUCAGAGAAGGCACUGGCCACACCGCCGGAUACUCAGAAACUGAUGGAGCUUAAGAACUACAUACAAAAGAUAGAGACUACAGAGAUGCCUCUUCUAGAGAAAAGGCUGGCAGUUUCUAAUAGACAGCUAUGUUCUGUGAUGGACUUUGUGACCCUCUCAUCACCGGACAUGGAGCUCAACUCACAAACUGUCCAGUGGUUUAAACGUAUGCCAUCAAUAUUUAAGGAGUACAGGCAGAUAAUGAAUGAAAAGACAGAGCUGUACCAGAGUGGCCUCAAGUUGUGCCGUGAGCGAUUUGUGGAAGAAUUGGAGAGCUACAGUAUACAGCUGAAGGAAUUUCUUGGUUAUAGUGAGCUGUCGGAUCUAACCAAAUAUUUGAAGAAAGCGAAGUCCCUUAAUGCCAAAUUGGAAAUUGCCAUGGAAAAGAUUAAUGAUUUCAAUCUUGAAGAGGAGGCUUUUGGCUGGCCUGUGUCCCAGUAUCCACAGCGUAAGAAAAUCCAGGACCAGUUGACUCCAUUCCUGCGCCUUUAUGAGACUGCCACCCUUUUCCUAAGUCAAUAUGAGCAGUGGUUCCAUGGACCACUUUCUGGUGUGAUUCCAGACAAGGUGGAAGGUGAAGUUGGAAACUUUUGGCGCACGCUAUACAAGCUGGAGAAAGGCUUCAGUGAAGUACCCAGUGCCUUGCAUAUAGCUUCCACUAUAAAGGGUCAGGUGGAGGAUUUUAAGCAGCACAUUCCUAUGGUGCAGGUACUGUGCAAUCCGGGCCUGCGUACACGCCACUGGGAUACCAUGUCCGAGUUAGCAGGUAUUUCCCUGCACCCAGUCGAUGACCAGGCAUGCAUGGCUCGCUUUUUGUCCAUGCAUCUGGAACAGCACUUGAGCAAAUUCGAAGGCAUCAGUGAGGCAGCCACCAAGGAGCACUCACUGGAAAAGGCCAUGGAGAAAAUGGUCAGUGAGUGGACGGACAUGGAGUUCAGCCUCUUGGCCUAUCGAGAAACGGGCACCUCAAUCCUGUCAGCUGUUGAUGAAGUGCAGAUGCUGUUGGAUGACCACAUUGUGAAGACACAAACAAUGAGGGGAUCACCCUUUAUUAAGCCUUUUGAGGAAGAAAUAUGGGAAUGGGAGGGCAAGUUGCUGCUUCUUCAAGAGAUCCUAGAUGAAUGGCUAAAGGUGCAAUCCACCUGGCUUUACCUGGAGCCCAUAUUUAGCUCGCCAGACAUUAUGGUUCAGAUGCCUGAGGAGGGACGCCGUUUCACAACUGUUGACAAAACAUGGAGAGACACAAUGAAACAAGUGUCCCUGGACAAGCAUGUAUUGUCAGUGAUAGCCAUUGACAAGAUGCUGGAGAGGCUAAAACAGUCUAAUGAAUUUCUGGAAAUGAUCCUCAAAGGUCUAAAUAACUACUUGGAGAAGAAACGCCUCUAUUUUCCUCGGUUCUUCUUCCUCUCCAACGAAGAACUGUUGGAAAUUCUCUCUGAGACCAAAGACCCCACAAGGGUGCAGCCCCAUCUGAAGAAAUGCUUUGAAGGCAUUGCAAGUGUGGUAUUCACUGAUAUACUGGAUAUCACUCACAUGAAGAGCAGUGAGGGUGAAAUGGUGCAGCUCCUGGACAUCAUUUCCACCUCUAAAGCCAGGGGCCAGGUGGAGAAAUGGCUCCUUGAGCUUGAGAAUGGGAUGGCUGUGUCCCUGCAUAAGGUAAUAGGGGAAGCCAUCGAGGCCUACUCCAAUGAGUUGAGGAUCAACUGGGUGCGUGCCUGGCCAGGCCAGACCGUCUUGUGUGUCUCCCAGGUCUAUUGGACAAAGGAUAUCCAUGAAGCUAUUCGCUCAGGACCGAAGGCCCUCAAUGCCUACCUGGAGCAGAACAACAGACAGAUAGACGACAUUGUGGCACUUGUACGUGGAAAGCUGUCCAAACAGAACCGAGUGACUCUUGGAGCUCUUGUUGUGCUGGAUGUCCAUGCCCGGGAUGUUUUAGCAACACUGGUGCAAAAGGGAAUAAGUGAUGAGAAUGACUUUGAAUGGCUCAGCCAACUGCGCUACUAUUGGGUGGAGAACCAACUUCAGACCAAGAUGAUCAAUGCUGGUUUGGCAUAUGGCUAUGAAUACUUGGGCAACACACCACGAGGGGCACCUGAGGGUCCAGCUGGCACAGGAAAAACAGAGACAACCAAAGACUUGGCCAAAGCCAUUGCCAAGCAGUGUGUGGUCUUUAACUGCUCAGAUGGACUGGACUACAUUGCUCUAGGCAAAUUCUUUAAAGGCCUCUUGUCUUGUGGAGCUUGGGCUUGCUUUGAUGAGUUUAACCGCAUUGACUUGGAGGUGCUGUCUGUGGUGGCUCAACAGAUUCUCACCAUCCAAAGAGGUAUUGCUGCCCAUAGUGAAAUGCUGUUGUUUGAGGGGACAGAGCUAAGAUUGAAUCCGUCAUGUUCUGUGUUCAUCACUAUGAAUCCUGGCUAUGCUGGACGCUCAGAACUGCCAGACAACCUCAAGGCUCUCUUCAGAACUGUUGCCAUGAUGGUACCGGACUACGCAAUGAUUGCUGAAAUUGUGCUUUACUCAUGUGGUUUUGUGACUGCACGUCCUCUGUCAGUGAAAAUAGUGGCCACUUAUCGACUGUGUUCUGAGCAGCUGUCCUCCCAGCAUCAUUAUGACUAUGGGAUGAGGGCCGUAAAGUCUGUUCUAACUGCUGCUGGAAACCUUAAGCUUGCGUUUCCAGAGGAGAAUGAAGACACCCUAUUGCUGAGGUCUAUUAUCGAUGUCAAUCUGCCCAAGUUCCUGGCCCAUGAUCUGAAGCUUUUUGAGGGUAUCACCUCUGACCUCUUCCCAGGGGUUGAGCUUCCAGAUCGGGAUUAUGAGAUUCUGCUUGGGGCCGUAAGGGAAAACUCCAAGCUCAUGAACCUUCAGGUCACAGAAUUCUUUGCAGAGAAAGUCCUUCAAAUCUUUGAGAUGAUGAUAGUGAGACACGGUUUCAUGCUGGUUGGUGAACCAUUUGGAGGAAAGACCAGUGCCUACCGUGUUCUGGCUGCAGCGCUUCAUGACGUCUAUGAAAAGGGUCUGAUGGAUGAGAACCAGGUACAGAUCACAGUGAUCAACCCAAAAUCCAUCACAAUGGGUCAGCUCUAUGGCCAGUUUGACCCUGUCUCUCACGAGUGGUCUGAUGGCAUCCUUGCCGUCAGCUAUAGGACCGUUGCUUCCUCCCAGACCCCUGACAGAAAAUGGCUCAUCUUUGAUGGCCCAGUGGAUGCCGUGUGGAUUGAGAAUAUGAACACUGUACUGGAUGACAACAAGAAACUGUGUCUGAUGAGUGGUGAGAUCAUCCAGAUGUCACCACAAAUGAGCCUAAUCUUUGAGCCCAUGGACCUUGAGGUGGCAUCACCAGCCACAGUGUCUCGCUGUGGAAUGAUCUAUAUGGAGCCCCACAUGCUUGGCUGGCGGCCUCUUUUACUGUCCUGGCUCAACACACUGCCAACCACGGUCCAUGACUCACACAAAACGCUCAUCACUGGCCUUUUUGACCGCAUACUCCCCCCCUGCCUCCAGCUCAUUCGAAAGGCAACCAAGGAAUUGUCCCAGACCUCUGACACCAAUCUAGUGAAGUCCCUGAUGAAUCUUAUGGACUGCAUGAUGGAUGAGUUUAAUGAUGAAGCAAUAAUGAAGACCAUGACUGAAAAGAAUGUUUGCUCCUGGUUAGAGGGUAUCUUCGUGUUUUGCCUGGUGUGGUCUGUGGGUGCCAGCUGUGAUGAUCCAGGCCGGAUCAAAUUUGAUGCGGUGGUAAGAGAGGUGUUGAAUGGCCCUUUAAGUAAGGAGACCAUGGCGCAUCAUGGCAUUCUGGCCACUACUGAAGCUCCACCUAAAGAGCUCACAGUUCCCUUACCCCCCGAGGGGUCAGUCUACCAGUAUAACUUCAUUAAGGAGGGCCCAGGCAGGUGGGAGCUUUGGACAGAUCAGCUAAAGACUGCUCCCUCCAUAUCGAAAGAUAUGCAGUUCAACCAGAUCAUUGUGCCCACUGAGAACACAGUGCGUUACAUGGCACUGAUGGAGCUGCUUGUUACUCACCAGAAGCCAACUAUUUUUAUUGGUCCCACUGGUACUGGAAAGAGUGUCUACAUUACAGACUUCCUGUUGAAAAAGCUGGAUAAGGAUGUGUACAGUCCAUUAUUUAUUAACUUCUCAGCCCAGACUACAGCUGCACAGACCCAAAAUAUUAUUUUGUCUAAGUUAGACAAGCGGCGCAAAGGAGUUUUUGGCCCUCCGCUGGGAAAGAAAAUGGUGGUAUUUGUAGAUGAUGUUAACAUGCCUGCCAGGGAGGUUUAUGGUGCCCAGCCUCCUGUGGAGCUUUUGCGCCAGUGGCUGGACCACUGGAACUGGUAUGACACAAAAGACUGCUCAAUGAUUAACCUGGUGGAUAUUCAGGUCAUAUGUGCGAUGGGGCCGCCUGGUGGUGGGCGGAACCCUAUCACACCCCGAUACUUGCGUCACUUCAACAUGAUCACCAUUAAUGAUUUUGAUGAAAGCACCAUGCAAACAAUCUUCUCCAGGAUCACAGAUUGGCAUUUCACCAUACGGUUUUCUUUCCCCAAGCCAUUUGCAAAUCUGACAUCUCAGAUUGUAAGUAGCACAAUGUCAGUGUACCAGGAGGCUACCAAGAACCUGCUACCAACACCAACAAAGUCCCAUUACUUGUUCAAUCUGCGCGAUGUCUCCCGGGUCAUCCAGGGCAUCUGCUUGUCACGACCAGAGACUGCAGAUGACCCAUCUGUCAUCAAACGCCUCUGGGUCCAUGAGGUCUUGAGGGUGUACUAUGAUCGACUGGUCCAAGAUGCGGAUCGAUCAUGGCUUGUGAGCCAUUUACAGGUCGUGCUUCAAAAUUACAUGAAGGAGAACUUUCAUCAGCUCUUUCAGCAUCUGGACGAGGACAGUGAUGGAAUGGUAACAGAGGAUGACCUGCGCAGCCUCAUGUUUUGUGACUUCCAUGACCCCAAGGGUGAAGAUCGUAAUUACCGCGAAGUCCACAACCUAGACCGGCUGCGUCAGGUGGUAGAGUCGCACCUGGAGGAGUACAACAACAUUAGUAAAGCACCAAUGACUCUUGUACUGUUCCGCUUUGCGAUUGAGCAUGUUUGUCGCAUUUCCCGAAUCCUCAAGCAGCCAAGUGGCCAUGCUUUGCUUGUGGGGGUGGGUGGAAGUGGGCGCCAGUCUCUCACCCGCUUGGCUGCCUACAUGGCAGAGGCAGAGCUUUUCCAAGUGGAAAUCUCCAAGACUUAUGGAACCACUGAGUGGCGUGAUGACCUUAAGAUUAUAUUAAGGAAGUCUACACAAGGUGAAGCCCAUGGGGUGUUCCUCUUCACUGACACUCAAAUCAAAAUGGAGUCUUUCCUAGAGGACAUUGGCAACUUGCUCAACACUGGUGAGGUGCCGAACCUCUUUGCAGUUGAUGAAAAACAGGAAAUCUGUGAGCGAAUGCGUGUGCUGGAUCGGCAGCGAGAACGUGACAAACAAACGGACGGAAGCCCCUUGUCCCUUUUCAACAUGUUCCAAGAGCGCUGUCGGACACAGCUGCAUGUGGUGCUGGCCAUGAGUCCCAUCGGAGACGCCUUUAGGAACCGCUUGAGACGAUUUCCUGCUCUCAUUAACUGUUGCACCAUUAACUGGUUUCAGACCUGGCCCGAGGAUGCCCUGCAAGCAGUGGCUUGCCGUUUCUUGGAGGACGUAGAGAUGAGUGAUCAUGACAGAGAAGGCUGCAUUAGUAUGUGCAAGAGCUUCCACACCUCAACCAUUGAACUCUCAGGACGAUUUUUGUCUGAGUUGCAACGCCACAACUAUGUCACCCCAACCUCGUACCUGGAGCUUAUUUCUACCUUCAAAACCUUGCUGAAGGCAAAAAGAAUGGAAGUAAUGAAACUAAAACAUCGCUAUGAGGUUGGUCUCGAAAAAUUAGAAUCGGCAGCAGAGCAAGUGGCUACUAUGCAAGUUGAGCUAGAGGCUCUACAGCCACAGCUGGUGGUGGCCGGCAAACAAGUAGAUGAGAUGAUGGUGGUCAUUGAACAUGAAUCUCAGGAGGUGGCUGAGAUAGAGAAGGUGGUCAAAGUGGAUGAGGCCAUUGCCAAUGAACAAGCCAUGGGUGCCAAGGCUAUCAAGGAUGAGUGUGAUGCUGACCUGGCUGUGGCCGCCCCUAUUCUGGAAUCAGCUCUGGCUGCACUUAAUACUCUAACCACACAGGAUAUCACAGUGGUAAAGUCCAUGAAAAGCCCGCCCACAGCUGUCAAGCUCGUGAUGGAGGCAAUCUGCAUUCUCAAAGGUGUCAAGCCAGAUCGUGUGCCUGACCCCUCAGGCUCUGGUAAAAAAGUCGAGGACUAUUGGGGGCCAGCCAAAAAGCUACUGGGAGAUUUAAAGUUCCUCCAGAGUCUCCAUGACUAUGAUAAAGACAACAUCCCAGCAAACUUCAUCGCCAUCAUCCGUAAUAAGUACAUCACUAACCCAGACUUUGUACCAGAGAAGAUUAGAACUGCAUCCACUGCAGCUGAGGGCAUGUGUAAGUGGGUUUGUGCCAUGGACAAGUAUGACAUAGCAGCCAAGGUAGUGGCCCCAAAAAAGAAAAAACUUGAACAGGCUGAGCAGGAGCUGAGGGUGGCCAUGGAGGCUCUGCACAUAAAGCAGGCUGCCCUUAAAGAAGUUCAAGAUAAAUUUGCAAAGCUUCAGAAAACUUUGGAAGCAAACAAAAACAAAAAGGCCGACUUGGAGAAUCAGGUGGAUCUGUGUAGUAAAAAAUUGGAGCGAGCUGAGCAGCUGAUUGGAGGAUUAGGUGGGGAGAAGACACGUUGGAGUGAAAUGGCUGCAAGUCUUGGACAGCUCUACAAAGAUCUGACCGGUGACAUCCUGAUCUCAUCUGGCAUUGUGGCUUACCUGGGGGCCUUCACCUCCAGUUACAGACAGGAUCAGACAAAAGAGUGGAUGCAUCUUUGUAAGAGCAAGGACAUUCCAUGCUCAGCUAAUAUGUCUCUCAUGAACUCACUGGGUGACCCUGUAAAGAUCCGUGCAUGGACCAUUGCUGGGCUACCAUCAGACGGCUUCUCCAUAGACAAUGGCAUCAUGAUAUCAAAUGCCAGGCGAUGGCCUCUGAUGAUUGAUCCCCAAGGCCAGGCAAACAAGUGGGUGAAAAACAUGGAGAAAUCCAACAGCCUGCAUAUUAUCAAACUGAGUGAUGGUGACUUUGUACGCACUCUAGAAAACUGCAUCCAGUUUGGUACGCCUGUGCUGCUGGAGAAUGUUGGUGAAGAGCUGGAUCCUAUCCUGGAGCCUAUCCUCCUCAGACAGACCUUUAAACAGGGUGGUGCAUUGUGUAUCCGUCUUGGAGACUCAACCAUUGAAUAUGCUCCAGAUUUCCGCUUCUAUAUCACUACAAAGCUACGGAACCCCCACUACCUGCCCGAGACUUCUGUCAAGGUGACCUUGCUAAACUUCAUGAUCACCCCAGAGGGUAUUCAGGAUCAGCUGCUGGGCAUUGUGGUAGCACGAGAAAGGCCUGAUCUGGAAGAAGAGAAACAGGCUCUCAUUCUACAGGGAGCAGAAAAUAAAAGACAACUGAAGGAGAUUGAAGAUAAAAUUUUAGAGGUGCUGUCCUCCUCUGAGGGCAACAUUCUGGAAGACGAGACAGCCGUCAAAAUCCUUUCUUGUUCCAAAGUGCUAGCCAAUGAAAUCUCAGAGAAACAAGCUGUGGCUGAAGAGACAGAGAAAAAGAUUGACAAGACCCGUAUGGGCUACACACCCAUUGCAGAGCAUUCCUCCAUCUUGUUCUUCUCUAUUGCUGACCUGGCAAACAUUGAACCAAUGUACCAAUACUCCCUCACCUGGUUUAUUAACCUCUUCAUCAGCUCCAUUGACAGCUCAGAAAAAAGUGAUGAUUUGGAAAAGAGACUACAGAUCCUUCGAGACUACUUUACCUACAACUUAUAUGUCAAUGUGUGUCGCUCACUCUUUGAAAAGGAUAAGCUACUCUUCUCCUUUUGCCUCAGUGUGAAUCUGCUCAUGCACAAUAAGCAGGUAGAUGAAGGAGAGUGGCGCUUCUUUCUAACAGGUGGUGUGGGCCUGGACAACCCACACUCCAAUCCCUGCACCUGGCUCCCUAAAAAGUCUUGGGAUGAGAUAUGCCGCUUGGAUGAGAUGGAAAGUUUUAAAGAUCUCCGUCAAGAUAUGACAAAACUCAGAAAUGAGUGGAAACAAGUCUACGAUAGCCCUAACCCCCAUCAGACUCAGUUUCCUGCAGAAUGGCACGAGAGGCUUACCCAGUUUCAGAAGAUGCUGGUGGUUCGUUGUCUCAGACCAGACAAGGUUAUUCCCAUGGUGCAGGAGUUUGUUUCAGACAGUUUAGGCCGCCCCUUCAUUGAAGCACCACCCUUCAACCUCAGCAAGGCCUUUGUUGACAGCCACUGCUGUGCUUCUCUGAUCUUCAUCCUUUCCCCUGGCUCAGACCCCAUGGCAGCUUUGCUCAAGUUCGGAGAUGAAAUGGGCUUUACAGGUAACAAGCUGACCUCUCUCUCCCUGGGCCAAGGCCAAGGUCCUAUUGCUAUGCAGAUGAUUCAAACAGGCAUUGCAGAGGGUACAUGGGUGGUUCUGCAGAACUGCCACUUAGCCACUUCAUGGAUGUCAACGCUGGAGAGAGUUUGUGAGGGCCUGAGCCAAGACACUACGCACCCAGACUUCAGAUUGUGGCUGACUAGCUACCCGUCUCCCACUUUUCCUGUGGCAGUGCUCCAGAAUGGGGUGAAAAUGACCAACGAAGCUCCAAAAGGCCUCCGCGCCAACAUUGCACGCUCCUUCCUUAUGGACCCCAUAUCCGACCCAGAAUUUUUUGAUAGCUCGAGCAAGCCGGCAGUGUUCAAGAAACUCUUGUAUGGGCUGUGUUUCUUCCACGCCCUUACUCAAGAGAGAAGAAAAUUUGGACCAAUAGGCUGGAACAUUCCAUACGAGUUCAAUGAAACCGAUCUUAGGAUCUCUGUUCAGCAACUCCACAUGUUCUUAGAGCAGUAUCAGGAAGUUCCAUUUGAUGCCAUCCACUACAUGACUGGUGAAUGCAACUAUGGAGGUCGUGUGACAGAUGACUGGGACAGGCGGACCCUGCGCACAAUCCUCUCAAUCUUUUACACCCCAAACAUCAUCAAAGACCCUGGGUAUAAAUUUGAUCCCAGUGGACAUUACUACUCACCAUCUGAGGGAGAUUACAACAGUUACAUCGAAUUUACAAAAUCACUUCCUCUCAACCCCUCACCAGAGAUUUUUGGAAUGAACGCAAAUGCAGAUAUCACCAAGGAUCAGGCAGAAACUCAACUUCUGUUUGAUAGCAUCUUAUUAACCCAGUCCCGCUCCUCAGGUGGAGAUGCCAAGUCCACCGAUGACAUGGUCUUUGAUGUGGCCGCUGACGUCCUAAGCAAACUGCCUGCAGACUUUGACUUGGAGGCAGCAAUGAGGCACUUUCCUACCAGCUACAAUCAGAGCAUGAAUACUGUGCUGGUACAGGAGAUGGGCCGCUUCAACAACUUGCUCCAAACCAUUCGAGACUCCUGUGUCAACAUUCAGAAAGCCAUAAAGGGUUUGGUAGUGAUGUCUGCAGAGCUGGAGGAGGUCGUCAGCAGCAUCUUGAAGGGCCGUAUCCCAGGCAUGUGGAUGAAGAAGUCCUAUCCCAGCCUCAAACCGCUGGGAAGCUACGUCAACGAUUUCCUUGAAAGACUCCAGUUCUUACAGAACUGGUAUGAUGAGGGUACGCCGGCUGUAUUCUGGAUAUCGGGAUUCUUCUUCACCCAGGCCUUCCUCACGGGCAGCCAACAGAACUAUGCCAGGAAACACACCAUUCCCAUUGACCUGCUGGGAUUUGACUUUGAGGUCUUGGAUGACAGACAAUUCAAACGGCCCCCAGAGGAUGGUGUUUACAUCAGAGGUUUGUACCUGGAUGGGGCCCGCUGGGACAGAAAAUCCAAACUUCUUGCAGAGUCCUACCCCAAAGUGCUACACGAUACCAUGCCGGUGAUGUGGCUGAAGCCCAUGAAGCGACAGGACGUUCCUCAGAGAAUGUGUUUUUUGUCGCCCGUCUACAAGACCAGCGAGCGGCGGGGUACCCUGUCCACUACUGGACACUCCACCAACUACGUCAUUGCCAUGACACUAAACUCCAACAUCCCCGCCGAGCACUGGAUCAGACGAGGAGUCGCUCUGCUCUGCCAGCUAAGCUCU